GCGGGGGAGGUCCGGUUGUGGGCGGAGGCGGGUGUUCGGGUCUGGUGUUGUGCUCCUGGUGCGGACGCGUAUGUACCAGCGGAGGCCAGAGGGGCGGGAGUGCCUUCCAACUACCCACCACAAGCGGCGACAGGCACUUCUGCUCCGAGGUGUGCUUCACCCAGUGCCGCCGCGCCUCCUUCAAGAAGAGUAAAGUCUGCGACUGGUGCCGCCACGUGAGGCCUACUGUCACCUACGUCGACUUCACCGACGGCGACCACCAGCUCCAGUUCUGUAGCGACAAGUGCCUGAACCAGUACAAGAUGCAAAUCUUCUGCCGGGAGACGGAGGCCCACCUUCAGAUGCACCCCCACCUCAACGACCUCAAGCCGGCCUCCAGCAGCGGCCUCAUCACCCCCGACCUCUGGCUGCGGGACUGUGGUGGUCAGAGUAAUGAAACGGACUCCCUGCCAGAGAGUGAGGUCAAAGUUGACUCCCCGUCCUCCCCGCAACCUCCUACUACAACACCUCCCAUGCCAUCCCCAGACCCCACUGAGCCUGUCAAUCUCACCACCACACAGUCCUCCUCCAGGAGUGAGCAUCGAUCCUCACCCUUACUCUCCAGGGGAUCACCAGUUACAGUUCGUCAGGGUCCAUCAAGAUCAGUAGAGACCAGAAGCCCUGGUCCACCGCCUCCAACUCCUCGCUAUGGGCGCCCACGAUUGAGGGACCGUCGUGAGGGUGCCCGAGAGCUGGGGAGAUCCAGGACAGUACGGGCUUCUCUCCAGCUCUCCCGUGCUGGCCACUCUGAUGCCGACAGGGCUGACGAACCAGUUCGUAUGCCAACUAUUCGUGUAAGGCAAUUGGAGUCCCAACAACAGCAACAAGAUCAGAUGUCUGGAGAGCGGGAAAUUGGCAGCAACAGUGAGGUUGGUGGUGAAGGCAAUAGGGCUGUCUCACCUCACCCAUCAGCUCAGCCCCCAGGUCUGCCACUUGGUGGGCUGGGUGGAGGACUGGGCAGUCUUCUGCCAAUGGUAGGUGGUGCACCACUGCUCCUGCCACACAUGCUGCCUCCUGACCUUCCCCGAACACCUCUGCUACCACACCUGCUUCUUCAGCGCCCUGAGUUAUUGCGUCCACCGCCUCUGCGGCACCCACUACUGCAGGGCCAUCCUGCACCAGCACCACCUACACCAACACCACACACAGCAGUUCCUCCACCUCUUCCAGGGCCACCCAAAACCCAAGGAUCCUUAUUACCUCCUAUAACUGUGCUUCUUCCAUGCCCUCUGCCCAUCCCUAUUCCCAUUCCCAUUCCGGUCCCCAUUCCCAUCCCCUACAUACCCCGCAAUGAUAUGCCUGAGGCUCGUCAACCUCCACAGAGAGAGCCACCAGGACGACCACGAACGACUCCCCGUAAAGAAGCCUGUCGCACUGGUUCUGUAAUCAAUGGCCCUGUGGCUGUUCCAACAAGUUCAGGAUCAGUACUCCAGUCCUGUUCUGGCCCUGUAGCACCACCGCCACCACCCACAUCUUCAUCCUCCAGUGAUGGUGAAAGGAGCACACACCCAAGACCAGAUCGGGAACGUCGAAGUAUUUUGAGAUAUACGUCAGAUGUAUAUGAAAUCAAUGGAAUGUUUGUUCCACGGGAUUCUACCUGGGAUUCACCUGAACCACUGCAGCUGCGUCGUGCCCUUGUGGGAGACCCCAGUCAUGAGUCUCCUUAUGAUCAUCACCAUGAGUUUGACUCUCGUGAUGUGUCUCGGAGUCCAUCCCCAGAUGCCAGUGAAGACAACAAGGAUGCCCUGGUAAAUCUGACGAGAAAAAGAGAGGAAGAAACGAGCACUGUCAAAAGGUUGCUUGGAGAUGACGAUGAAGAGGAGGAAGAGACAAAGUCUGUAGAUGUUUCUGAGGCAGAGGGAUCCCCAGCAUCCACUGCCCCUUCCACAGCACAAGGAGCAACCACCAGAAAGCGCCACACGGCCGGGGACCACCACCAACCUCUGCCUAAAAAAAAACACUUGUUAGUGUGACCCCGGCCUGUUCCUCAGGCACCAGUGGGUUAGCACCAGUGCAUAACAUCUGUAGUACCUAAAACCAAAAACAUUGGGCAAGGCAAAGAACACAAGUGAGCAUGGAAAGCAACAACAAAAUUGAAGCAUUAGAUGCUCAUUUUAACUUGCUUAAAUUUGUGUGGCAGGCAGAGCAAGAUUGAGAGUACUGGGGUGAGAAUUAUGGCUUGUCACAUUAGGGAAGGCUGCGGGACUUCUCUAUGCAGAGGAACAUCUUCCGCAGAUGUAACACAUUUUGCAGUAAAGAAAGAGUAUUGAGGUAUUGUCAUAUGUUAGCCUGUCAGUUAAUUUGAGGUUUUAUGCUAAAUUUUUUUAUAAAAUUUUAAUGUUUCAUUAAGAACUUGCUGAAAAAUACAAAUACAUUUUUAUUAUUAUGUAAGAUGAAAAAGUGUAUUAAUGAAAAUUAAUUGGCCCAGGUAUCAAGACAGCAAUACCAGCUAAUGCUGUUUUAUCAAUAAUAUUUUGAUCAGCUGUAACUGUGUUCUGAUACCAGCUGGUACAGUUCCCUAUCAAUGCUUUGGCUUCAGUCAAAAUGUAUCUCUUGUGUGGUUUGUCUUCAACAGUAUAUUCGCAAAAAUCUAUAUGGUGUUCUGCCGUUUCACUGUACAAUGGUGUCACUAAUGGUGUGUUAUGCUUUGUAUGAUAAGCUUCUAUGUAUAAUUGUACAAUGAAUUGAUAGAUAUGACUGUAUAUACAGUAAUAUUAUAUUCAUAUUACUUGUGUUAUAAAUGUUUGAUGUUGAUGAUACAUGUAUACAUGUUCUGUAUGUAUAUGUAUCACACACAUUUAUCUUUUUCACAGACUUUUGUAGCAAGCUCUCUUCCUUUCUUUCUGUUCCUAAAAGAUCUAGUCAUUGGGGCUGGUUGACAGUGUUUUGUGAGAUUGGUCUGCCGGUACAGUGGUUUUCUGCAAGACUGACGAAAGGUUGUUAAAAGUGAUUCACAUUACGAGGAGGAGCACUAAUCAUAAAAUUUAUUUCUAAAUAUAUAAGAAUCAUAUUUCAGUGAUGCUUAAAAAGUAUAGAAAUAUAACUGAUAUCACCUUUAAUUAUGAUAUAUAUAUAUAUAUAUAUAUAUAUAUAUAUAUAUAUAUAUAUAUAUAUAUAUAUAUAUAUAUAUAUAUAUAUAUAUAUAUAUAUAUAUAUAUAUAUAUAUAUAUAUACUUUUUAUUAAUAUUAUCUAUUCCACCACAUUAGCUACAGUAUAUUAGAGCAUUUGAAAAAUACUUUACUAUACUGUAGUAUCUUAUUGUUAAUACAGUAUCUGAUAAUUUUAACCCAAUUUGAAAACAAUAAUAUUCUCUUUGUGCCAUAAGACAAGAUAAACAAAAUAGAUCAUUUGAAUUCUAAAUAAUGGUUCAUUUUGCAGUGGAUUUUUCCAUGUCUACUCAACAUAUUGAUACUGGAUGUUAAAUUCUUGACAUACAGAACAUCCAGAUGUAUAGUAUACACCAGGUCAAUUUAAACUUCAGACUUUGAUAUGGUGUGGUCAAUUAGAGACAAAGUUAUUCUCUGGCGAGUUAUUUUGGAGACUGGUGCUUGUAAUAUGUAAAUUCAUGGAAAUCUGGUUUAUUCUUGUUAGUAAUCACAAGCUACAUUAAAUUUAAGUAGUACGUUCAUUACAUAAAAUUGUGAAGUCAACAAAGGAAACCAGACAAGUAUCACAGAUCACCAAAAGUUUUUACAACAAAAUUUGUGUGGUUAAGAUAAUCACUCCGUCAGCACCUUGGGUGUGUAGAUCACCAUUCUGUCAGGACCUUGGGAUGUGUAGAUCACCACUCCGUCAGGACCUUGGGAUGUAUAGAUCACCACUCCGUCAGGACCUUGGGGUGUGUAGAUCACCACUCCGUCAGGACCUUGGGUGUGUAGAUCACCACUCCGUCAGCACCUUGGGAUGUGUAGAUCAUCACACCGUCAGGAUCUUGAGUGUGUAGAUCACCACUCCGUCAGGACCUUGAGUGUGUUGAUCACCACUCCAUCAGCACCUUGGGUGUAUAAACCACACAAUUGUGCUUCAGUGUUGUAAUGUGCAUUCCAGUCCCGCGUUGUCCAGGUAGCAGCAACUCUGUAACAAUAAACUUACCACUAAGGUGA